AUCGCAUCAUAAAAUUUAUGCUGAAGGAAGCACGUUCCUUCAAAUGCUCUUUUGACCGCUUCGGAUCAUCAGUUGGAAUUAAUAACAUGCUCUGGCAUGUCCCAUGCGCAAUUUAAGGAGCUGCACGAUCAUUUAUUCGCAAUAUUCUGAAGAAACAAAGUUGUUCAAUGUUGUAUUACACUAACAGCUGUCAAUUACACUUCUCAUCAAAUCGAGUAGAGUUGUUUUGGCUUGAAGUUUAACAACUCCUGUCGCAAAAAUUCAUAAUCCGCUCUUCACCUUAAUUAAAGAGUUGUAAAUUUAAUUCUUCGCAAUUCAGUUCACCUCGUGGUUAACGAUUUCUGUUGCUUUCUUGUGUGCGAGAUUUGUGGAUUUUUAAGGUGAAAUCGCAUCGUCGGAAAUUGUACAACGAUCUGUCACAGAUGAGUAAUAAUUUUGUUUACAUAUGCGGAAUUUUUCCUUGUAGUUGCUAACAUUAUCAUAAAUUUGAGCGGAAUUUUAAAAAUUUCUCUCCCUAAUAUUCCACACCUGUCGUUGAAGUAGGGGUGCCUCUUUCAUACGCUGUUUCUUCGCAGCAGUUACUUGGGUCAACAGUUACUGAAACUUAAUUCAAAAGUUCUUCCAAAGUGAUAGGAGCUUAAAUUAGCCUUCUGUUCUUUUAAUAGAUUUGCCUUCCUAAUCAUUAUGCAUAUUUCUUAACCGUUUUCAUGCAUUUUUUUUUUUGUGGAAGCUGUAACGGUUCUUAGUUGAAGCGGCAUAAAAAUAUUUAAUUCUGUGGUAAAGAAAUAUUGAUGAAAUGAAAUCAUAAUUUUCCCUCUCAUCCUAACAGCUGGCAUUGUUUGAGACUGUCAAAGGAUGGUUGGAGAAAGUUCUAUUCAAGCAAAUUUUCAUAAUAUUUUGACAACAAAUCACCAAACUAAAUGUCAACAGGAAAUUAAAGUAUCCUGAAACUCCCAGCUUUGUUUUAUUCAGAAAGUUACCCAUAGUAACUAUUGAAUAGACAGAAUAUGACGCACCUAUACUUAGCAAGCUCUCAGUUGUUUUGAUUUUAAUUAAUUGGUCCGAUGAAGUUUUUUGAGAAUGUUUAACUUCUAGUUAAUAUUAUUAACUCUCUUGCAUGGUUUACAAAACAACUUCUGUUUACAACAAUCUACCACAUAUUCAAACACGCAGUGCAAGGCAGAGAGAAUUUCAUUCAAAAAGCUUUUUCUGUGGAUAGAAGGGUCUUAAUGUUUAUUAAAAGUAUGCAAAUCUGUAAUCAUUUGAAGCCCAUAAAACAAGAAAAAUAAAACAUAUCAAAUCUUGGCUUUUACUGAGUAGGCAAGUGACAAGUAUAAGUUUCUUGCUUUACAUAUUCAUAUAACAUAGUCAGUUUGACUCAUGGUAAAAGUGAAGUGAAGUUCAUUAUAAUGUCAAAUCUUUUGCAGUUUGCUGGAGAAUUGGCCCUUGGAUCUAAGUGCCCACCAGACCAAUUCUGGGAUGGCAGUAUAUUUAUGUGUCGGGAUUGCACCAAAUGCAGUGAGGGUGAAAAACUGAUCUCUCCUUGCCAAGAGGUUAAAGAUGCUUCUUGUGAGAAGUGUCUAGAGGGGACUUAUUUGGAUGCUGUAAACAACUCAUUGUGCGUUCAGUGCAGUUAUUGUGGAGAAGGAGAAGUCGUAUUAAUUAAGUGUAAAUCUGGGAAUGACACUCAGUGUGGAAAGAUUCCUGUUUGUCCUCUUCCUUCAGAAAGAUCUCAGGUAUCCACUCAACAACCAUCCAUCCCAACAAUGUUGAGUUCUUCUCACAGAACAUUUACAUCACAGAAAGUUGAUGAGGAAAGUAAGGUACCAGAAUGCAAAGAAACUAGAAGCCAGCUAAAUCAUCCAGCUUUGUUGGUCACUUUAGGUCUGCUUCUUUUAAUAUCAUUGAUCUGCAAUUGUGUUUGGUUCAAAGAAAAGAUUGGAAAGUGGAGGGGUAAAGAUACACCAGUACCAGACAGAACUGUAGACAGAACAGCUCCAAAAGAGUCUGUAGCUGGGAUGUCAGGAACAGCUGUUAUUGAAGAGAAUAACAUUAAAUUCAGCACCAUACCAGCUAACAUCACUGAAGAAUUAGCACAGUACCUUAAUAUAGACAGUGGAAACAACUAUAUUUAUUUGGCUGGAAAAAUGAAAUAUGACUCUACCUUCACGAAUAAUCUGAAGCUGUUACCAAGAGAAGCCACCCAAGAGCUUCUUAAAGAUUGGCAAAUGCGAGAUGAUGCUACAGUUUACAAACUGUACUGUUAUUUAGAGGAACUGGAAAGGCAUGACUGCAUGGCUAUCCUUCGGCCUCUCCUCAUCAGCCAGGGAAGCGACGUUGCUAUGGUUUGAGCUAGUGUUGCCUUCUCCCCUACUCUUAGUUUUGAGAUGAUGGCACCAGUUGCUGCACCUCUACAGGUGGGGAACAGCAGCACUUGCUCAAAUGAUUUUUUGUUUUUUCGAUUUAUUUGUAGCAAGGAAUCACCGGUAGAGCACUAUUUGAUGGAGCGAUUUUACACUAAAACCAAGCUAGUUCCAACAACCAAUCAGACAUAAAGCAGAUUGAAGAAACUAGAAAUGUCCUCAAGCUUGCAACAAGAGGAGUGUCCAUAUCACAACUAGGUAUAGUUUUACAUCUGAUUGGUCGUGAGAGUGAAGCAAAUUUUAGAUUACAAUCAAACAUUACUCUCAUUCACUUGAUAAUUGGCCCGGAAAUGUCAUGAGCAUGUUUUUUUGCUAUUAGUGGCAUUUGCAAUCACUGCAUAAUUAGAUUGAUAUACGCAAUGCUUGCCUUGAAAAGGGAAUAGCAUAUUUUUUUCAUGUUUGGUAACUGUUUUUUAUGCUUUUUAUAAGCUUAAAAUUUAUUUUCUAAGAAGUAAUAAUUAAUUUUAUUGUCCGUCAAGAGUUCUUUACUUUUUAUUUUCUUACGAGCGUUUUUGAUAAACAGUGUUUUGGCUUUUCAUGAAAAGUUUUGCUUCCUACCUUUUUGAAAAAGGGAAAUUGUUAAAAAAAAGGUUGUUUCACAAGAUUUUUGUUUUGUAUGGAUGUAUUUUUGUACGCAAAAAACAUAUAUUGUUGUAUGCUGUCGCGUAUGCUAACACCGUUUUUAAAGAGGCAAACCCAAAUUUUAAACAAUAAGUAUUAUUGAAUUAAAAAAAGUACAUGCUUAUGCAUAGUUUACUGCUUUAAAUAUUUUUAAUCUGGAUGAUUUUGCAAAUUGUUCAUUCAAUAGGUAAUUCUGCACACUACUUUGUUGAGAAUGAGAGUAUAUUUUUGAAACUUGAAUAUUCCAGUUCAUGGCCAAAGUGGCCUAGUUUGUAAUUAGAUUGAUGCUGAUUUUCUCCUGAUUUUUUUCCUUGAUUUUCUUAGACAGUGCAACAAUGAUUUGCAUCGCUUAGGUGAAAUGAAGUGUACAUUCAAAUGAAUGAAUGAAGAAUUAUUAAU